AUGUUGAAUUGUCAAUAAUUUGAAAGCGAGAGGGACAAAAGAAGUGAUAUUAGAAGGAAAGCGGAUUUCUCAAAACCUACUGGUCGUUACACGCUUCACAAAGACCACGUUAAAAAGCGGAUGAACCAAAAGAUACUUUGGAUGGAUAUAGCAAACUCAAGCUAACCUGGAUUUGGCCAAUCCAAAAGCACUUUCCAGACUAUCAUCUCAACAAAUAGAAAAAAGGAAAAAACAUCCAGGUGGAAGAAACACUCACAGUAGUGCAAAAAUCAAAGAAACUGAAUUUAUACAUGUAGCACGCAUCAGACACUACAGUCUAAGACACCAAUGAACAGGAUUUCUAUUGCAGCAAAGAUAAUCGGACUUUCAGGUAAACGCCCUAUAAGAAAGAAAAAGGGUGUGUCAAGUCACAUAUUUUUGAUCUAUUUAUUCAUUUGAAUGUUAAUUUCUCCAAUUUUUUGGGAGCAUUAUCUUGUAAAUAAUCAUAUUUCACGCACAGGACUCUUAUUUUCAAGGGGCCUGUUGACCGAUACUCAAAGUGCAGUGCACUUUUAACUUUUUUUAGUCUUAAUUGAUCAGUGAGCAAGAAACAAAUCACUGUUGAGCAUCAGUUGCGCUGGUAAAUUGAAAAAAAGAGAGAGAAAAGAAAAAUGGCAAAAGCAAGAGCAGCAAACCCAGCACAGAUGAUCGACUUGAUCACAGCAACGAACGGGCAGCUCAGAGGCAGCAAGUCUGCAGGAUUCAGUGGCCAGCAGCCCCAGAAGAGGAGGAGUAUUCCUCAGAGCAGUGGCGGUAUAAAGUUUGGGGAUGAUUGGAAAACGUGUCUGGAGCUUCCUCCAAAAGACAACAGAAUAAAAACAUCGGAUGUUACCUCUACCAAGGGAAAUGAAUUUGAAGACUACUGCCUCAAGAGGGAACUCCUCAUGGGGAUCUUUGAAAUGGGAUGGGAGAAGCCAUCACCUAUACAGGAGGAAAGCAUCCCCAUCGCCUUGUCAGGCCGAGAUAUUUUGGCCCGUGCCAAAAACGGAACAGGCAAAAGUGGAGCCUACCUCAUCCCUCUCCUGGAGAGAAUAGACCUAAAGAAGGGUCACAUUCAAGCCUUAGUCAUAGUGCCCACACGAGAGUUGGCCCUGCAGAUGAGCCAGAUCAGUAUUCAACUCAGCAAGCACCUUGGAAGAGUCAAGGUCAUGGCCACCACCGGCGGCACCAACUUGAGGGAUGACAUCUUGCGGCUCGACGAGACGGUGCAUGUAAUAAUCGCCACACCUGGAAGAAUACUAGACCUGAUGAAGAAGGGUCUGGCUAAAGUCGACAAGAUACAAAUGAUGGUGAUGGAUGAGGCAGAUAAGCUCCUCUCACAAGACUUUGUGGCCAUCAUUGAAGACAUCAUCAGCUUCUUACCGAAGAACCGGCAGAUUCUGCUUUACUCCGCGACGUUCCCCAUGAGUGUGCAGACAUUCAUGAACAAACACUUGCAGAAGCCUUAUGAGAUCAACCUUAUGGAGGAGCUGACUCUGAAGGGCAUCACUCAGUAUUAUGCGUAUGUGACUGAAAGGCAGAAGGUCCACUGUCUCAAUACGCUGUUUUCAAGGCUUCAGAUCAAUCAGUCCAUCAUCUUCUGUAACUCCACUCAGCGGGUAGAGCUCCUGGCCAAGAAGAUUACCCAGCUGGGCUACUCGUGCUUCUACAUCCACGCCAAGAUGAUGCAAGAGUACAGGAACCGUGUGUUCCAUGACUUCCGUAACGGAUUGUGCCGAAAUUUGGUGUGCACAGACUUGUUCACACGGGGCAUCGACAUCCAGGCGGUCAACGUAGUCAUUAACUUUGACUUCCCCAAAAGUGCAGAAACCUACUUGCAUCGCAUUGGAAGAUCAGGGCGCUUCGGUCACCUGGGUCUGGCCAUCAACCUGAUCACGUCGGAGGACCGCCACAGUCUGAAGAGCAUCGAGGACCAGUUGGUCACCGACAUCAAGCCCAUCCCCGGCAACAUCGACAAGAGCCUGUACGUAGCAGAGUUUCACUCUGUGGACCCCAACGACGACAGACCAGCAAACACAAAACAGGGAGCAGCCUGAAUUAAUGUGGAAAGAUGUCGUCAUUGGCAUCGCAAUUAGAAGAGUCCUGUUUCACUAAGUUUACAACCGUUGCCUGUUUUGUCACACACAUGCGCAUUCUGGUUACCGGCUGCCAUGUAAACCAACCAACAGUGAUGGAUACAGCUGAAAAGGCUAAAUAAUAGCCAUGGUAACUUACUUUUUUUAUUCUUUUUUUGGGGGGGGUAAACUUCAAUCUGUGUGAUGCAUUCUUUUUAUCGGCCACCAUUCCAACUUUUUCCCCCUUUUUUUCCCCCUCCUCCCCCUUUUUUAAAUAGUGACUGCUACAAUUUAUGCAAUAACAAAUGGCAGUUGUGUAUUUAUUUUGAGCAGCAGCUUAUGGGUACAUUAUUAACACACACGCACCUAGUUUGACAAGCAGGCCAGUUCAGUUCAGUUGCACUCAUUUAAACAUCCAUAGUUUUCUUAUCAAUGGCAGCACCACUGGGCAAAAAAAAAAAAAACUUCCCAGAAGAGUGAAAGAUAAACAUUGUUUCAAUCAACAAGACAUUUUGUUAGAAACUUGUCAUGGUCUUGCCAUUUGACUAUUUUUUUUUUUUUGUCUGUUUGACCACGUUAUUCCAUAGCAGCAAGCGAGACGAGCAAGAAUUUUUCUAUAAGAUGCCGUUGCCUUUUGGGAGAAUAAAAGUAACUUGAGGUUUA